AUGGACUCACCGAAACCGAUGCCACCGCCCUCAAAAGAGAUAGCCGAAGAGAAACUUGGGCCAAGUCCACAAUGGGAGGCCUUCAAGCAGAGCAGGCCAUCCUUGGAAACCGAAACUGAAUGGAUUCGACAUGUAUUACCUCAGCAUGAGUUGCCUCAGGAGGUCCAGACAUUCCAGGACGAUGCUAGUGUGCCGGAAAAGCUCAGGCAGAUCCUCGCCUGGUCACUAAACCCGUCCCCUCCGCAGGACCGAACUGCCCAACAAAACAGCUCAGUCGCAAAGGGAAAAUCAAAAGAAUCCGAACAUGACAGAAAUUCUAGCAGCGAAAUCUCCCGGGUACCGAGCAGUGAGGCUGGUCGACAUCAUGUUCGGACCACUAAACGCACAAGAGCAGGUACCGUUUCCGGAACCAGUCGUGCCAGCAAUUCAGACGCCUCCUCCUCAACAUCUGGCAAGCUUCCGACCAAAGCACGCGCCGUCGGACACAGAGCCUUCGAAAGCACGCGCGACAUUUUCAGCAGCAUUGUCGUGAAAGCGAAAGGGCCUCCCGUUGAAUGCACCGGCUGUUUUGAGGAAAUUUCACCUUCCGAAACGGCAAAGCUACCUUGUACACACCACUACUGCAAAGAAUGUCUCACAACUCUCAUCAUCACUGCGCUCCAGAACGAAGCCACCUUUCCGCCCAAGUGCUGUCUGACUGCGAUCCCCUUGAAAACGGUCCUUCUACAUCUCACUAAGGAACAGAGGCAAACAUACAAGGAGAAGGCGGCGGAGUAUGCCAUUCCGCCACAGGAACGGCUGUACUGCCCCAACACGAACUGUCUCCGAUGGAUUUCUCCCUCCGCCAUACGACGCGAUCGCCAGGGGGUCAAUCAUUCAUGUCCUCAUUGUUCCACCAAGAUCUGCGGCGCCUGUCACGGCCUUGCACAUAAACGAUUUACGGAAUGUCCUAAGGACAGUGGACUCGAAGCCACGAUUCUGAUGGCCGAGUUGGAAGGCUGGCGACGCUGCUACAUGUGCCGGACCAUAGUCGAGAGAAACGACGGUUGCCGGCAUAUGACGUGCAAAUGCGGCGGAGAAUUCUGCUAUAUCUGCGGUGCUGUAUGGCAGACCUGUCAUUGCACUGAAGAUGAUGAAUUGGUUCGACAGGAGGAAUUGAGGCAACGGCGAGAACAACAGCAGGGCGAAUCUGCAGAGAUAGCACGUGCUAUUGCCGAAGUUGAAGCCCUUGAACGAAUUGAGGCCGAGCGGCGUCAACAAGAGGAGAGAGAGGAGGAGGAAAGACGACAAGCAGAGCUCGCCAGACUGGAAGCAGAACGUCUACGAGAGGAGGAGGCCCGCAGACGAGAGGAGCUGCGCCUGGAACGCGAGUUCAGGAAGACGCUGCGCAUCUCGGUCGAGCAGGCUUGCGAGGCUCUCCAAUCUGCACUGGAAGACGUUUUACGUGUCCAGAGGACCAGUCUGGACAGCCGACAUAUUAACCUCGAGAAACAAUAUUUCCAAAGGUGCAACGCCGAGGUGGACGAGCAACAAACAAGCAUGGAAACCAUGAUGACCGCCCUAGAAUCUCACAUCAGCGGACGAAUCAAAGCUUUGGAGGAAAGCCACGAGGCGGAACUGAGGGCAUUCGACGCCAAGCUACAAGAGCUCGAGGACGAUUUCUUUCUCGAGAUGCAGACGCAUCUUCGCGGUAAGAGCGACAGGGAGGGACGAGAACGUCGGCUGCAAGAUCGCUUCAACAAACAACAAGACGCAAAACGUGAAGAUAUCUUUGGCAGACAAGAAUCCGAAAUGGAGGUGGUCAAAGCUAAAGCUGCUUUGGAGGUGCGAGGGCUGACGCGAGCCCAACGCCAACAGGUGGCGAGUCUGCAGGCCACGCACGCUACUCAACUGAAGGCUCUGCUGGCAAUGGUUGCAGCCGACCGCGCGUGGUAUGACUUCCUCUCCGAGCGACGACUGAACAUGGUCACGGAGCACACUCGCCUGAUGCUGGAGGCUGUCGGGGCAGGUCAGGAGCCCGUCGGCCUGACCGAGGAGCGUGCCAUGGCAAUUCGACCUUUUAUCCGCACAGACGGCCGUGUUGAAGAGGCUAUCAACGACCCAAGUCUUCAGUCCACGAAUCGUGUCCCGGAAGCUGACCAACACUUACCUUCACAUCAGAAAGCGCCCUCGUCAAGAGUAUCGACCCCUUCCCCGAGCGAGUCUCUCGUCGACCUUGUCAACACAUCGCGGUGUCUGCUGAACAUCCUGGAAGUGCACUCGAACGCAGAAUUGUCUCAUCAAGCCUCACUGGACAGAGCGCGGGCUUGGGUGGCCAAAACAUCUGGCGAGGUCCCGUUACGACAGGUCGAGCCUCGUCCGAAGGGGUCGGAACCAUCGCAAGCGUCAGGAAGUGGUAGCAGAAGCAAUAACAGCAGAGUUGCGGCCAAACCUUCUACUGGAGAACCGAUGCGCAUUUCCGAACUCGAACCCAUGUGGAAGAACUCGAUCUUCCUCACAAAAUUUGAACCCGAGUCGAUUGUCAUACGAAUCCACCUCCGGCUCAAUGACAACGGCAACAACAGCAGCCUCAACAUCAAGGCCCAGCAUAGGAUCAAUUUCAGGGACAAGGCCCAUGACAGCAUCGACGUCGUCGACAACAAUGGCAUUUGCCUCUGCAUCUGCAUCAAAGACUCCGACCCAGCCGGAGCCGGAACAGAGGCUUCAUUCCCAUCAAAAAUCGGCAGGGUCAGCAAUAUCCGGGUCACCAAGAGCUCCAACAGUGCAACCGUUCGCCUCGGCGAGCGGGCCGUCUUCAAUACUUUCCUUCUCCGGGCCUUUCAAGCCGCGUCGUCCGGCAAGAGGAGUCUGGUCUAUUCUGCGUGA